AUGUGCUUCCGCUAUCGAGCCCAACCUUCAAUGGCAGAAAAGCAGAGUGCGUUUACUGAACUAAAGUUAUCACAACGGUUCCGAUCGGGAACAAGUCUCCAGGAUGCUGUGGUGGUCAUCACUGGUGCAAGUUCAGGGCUAGGAAAAGAGUGUGCCCAGGUGUUUCAUUCUGCAGGUGCACGUCUUGUGUUGUGUGGAAGGGAUGGUUCCCGUUUGGAGCAAGUUAUUGAGGAACUUGUGUCAGGACCUCAAACACAGGGAAAGCAAACACACACUCCAAAAAAGGUUGUGUUCGAUUUGGCUGACACAAAUGCAGUGCACAAAGCCGCCCUAGACAUCCUGGCCUGUUACGGACAUGUAGAUGUUCUAAUCAACAACGCAGGGAUCAGUUAUCGUGGCAACAUUCUGGAUACUCAUCUUUCAGUACAACGCAGUGUCAUGGAAACAAAUUACUUUGGGCCUGUCGCUCUUACUCAAGCUCUUCUGCCCUCAAUGGUGCAGCGCCGCAGUGGUCACAUCGUGGUCAUCAGCAGUGUCCAAGGCAAGGUGGCCAUUCCGUACAGAUCUGCCUAUACCGCGUCGAAGCAUGCCACCCAGGCUUACUUUGACUGCCUACGAGCGGAAAUCGACCAACAUAGGAUUCCAGUUACCGUGAUCAGCCCUGGAUACAUAAAAACCAAUAUAUCCAUCAAUGCGGUCACGGGAGAUGGCAGCAAACAUGGAGUGUUGGACAAGACUACAGCCUCUGGUUGGGAACCCAGAGAUGUGGCGCUCGCGGUGUUGAGAGCUGUCAGCCUCAAAAGCAAGGACGUUGUACUGGCUGGACCUGUUCCCACAUUGGCCGUGUAUCUGAGGACAUUGUGGCCAGCUCUCUUCUUUAAAAUUAUGUCUUCUCGGGCCCGUAAGGAACAGAAGAACACGCACAAAAAUGAGUGA